ACAUUCUGGACACCAAUAAAGGCAGCAUUGCAAGUGACAUAUUCAAAUGAUAUUCUAUCAUUGCAAGUUUUAUGUGCACCUGCUCGCAUUACAUUCUAGCAUUGCCAUUAGUUGCAGCUGUCUUUGGCAAACAUUUGGGCGUUCAUAUUGGGGUAGAUGAGUGGUCAGCUAUCAGAGAUGAUAAGUCAUGGCAUGCACCACAUAGACAGGAGAUUCUGUCUCAACUGAAAAAAAGUUAUGAUCACUUGCCUCCGCAUUUGAAAAGAUGCUUUUCUUUCUGUUCAAUUUUUCCAAAAGAAAAAAUUGUUAAAAUUAGUAGAGAUGAAUUAGUUCAGUGUUGGAUGGCUAAUGGGUUUCUUUCCAAAUCUAAUGACGGCAAAUCUGAUAAAGAAGAAGAUGUUGGUAACAGGUACUUGAAUGAUUUGGUAUCCAAUUAUUUAUUGGAAGACGUGGAUAUGGAUGAGUGUGGGAAUAUAAAGUUUUGCAAGAUGCAUGGUGAGGUGCAUAAUCUUGCAUUGCUUUCAGCAAAAUGUGAUACAUAUAUUUGGCCGGAUACCCAUCCUGUUGAAGGGAGUGUUCGGCAUAUGAGCGUUGAGUCUGAUGAAAACCUUCAAGAUUUUCCAAAAGGUGUUGCUGAAAGGUUGCACUCUUUGUUCUUGGAUGUUGAUGUUUUGCAAAUGAUGCCUAAGAAGUUCAGAGGUUUGCAAUCUUUAAAGCUAGCAGCUGCUGAUGCAAAUGAGUUGGAAUCUGCUCUUGGCGGAUUGAAAUAUUACAUGAAAUACCUUGACAUAUCAGCAAGUGCAAUUGAAAGACUACCAAAAUCUGUCACCAAGCUCUACAAUUUGCAGACUUUGAGAUUCACGGACUGCAAUUCAUUGGAAAAGCUCCCAAGUGGUGUUGAAAAUCUAGUCAGCUUGAGGCAUAUUUAUUUUGAUGAUGAAAGGCAUGUGCCAAGUAGCAUUGGGAAAUUAACUUCUCUUCAGACUUUACCGCUAUUUGUUGUGGGCACAGAAAAGGAUCGGAGAAUUGAAGAGCUUAAAUCUUUGAACCAACUUCAAGGAAAACUGAAAAUUUGCAAGCUUGAGCUAGUACCUCAAUCAGGAGCUAGAGAAGCAAGACUUAAAGAUAAAGGAGAAUUGAUCGAGUUGCAAUUUGUAUGGAGUGAAAACAAAGCCAACAGUGACAAAGUUAUGGUUGUUCUGGAAGGUCUUCAACCUCACCCAAAUUUGAAAAGCUUAACCACUGAGAAGUAUAGGGGAGGCAGCUGCCCUUCAUGGAUGAUGAAUUUGAAACAGCUUGUGAAUUUGAAAUUGAUUGAUUGUGAUGAAUGUGGUGAUAUUUUAUGCCUUGAACUCUUACCUAAGCUUGAGGUUCUCAAUAUAAAGGCAGUGCCAAAUGUGAAGAGGAUAGGCAGAAUGUCUUAUCAUCAAAGUAGCAGCCAAGGUGGGGGACAAUCAAUAAAACCAUUUCCAGCUUUGAGAAAACUCGAGUUAAGUAACAUGGCACAGCUGGAGGAAUGGAUAGGGGCACAAGGCAUGAUCGUGUUUCCUUGCCUUGAGGAGUUGCAUAUUCAGCAUUGCCCCAAGCUCAAAAAAUGGUGGGCAAGCAGCAGCGAAGGUGGAGGAGAACCAAUCCUACCAUUUCCAGAUUUGAAAAAACUUACUUUAAGCAACAUGACAAAACUGGAGAAAUGGACAGAAGCACGAGGCAUGGUUGUGUUUGAUUGCCUUGAGGAGUUGCAUAUUCUGGAUUGUCCAGUGCUCAAUACAUUGUGGGAAGAUGGAUCUGCAUCUCCAAGUCUCUCUAUACUGGGCAUACAAUCAUGUCCGAACUUGCAGGCUAUACCAAUUUGGCUGUCAAACUUAACAUCUCUUGAUAUAAACGAUUGUCCCAAAUUAGUGGGGUAUGCUCAAGAAGGCAGCCACGAAUGGUCAUCCAUUUGCCACACGCCUAGUAUCAGAAUUAAUGGGCAGAUAGUGCGAUCCAAAGAUCUUGAUUUUUCAAAGUGCCCUUUGGAGACAACGGCGGAUACGAAGAUUCAGAUUGAGGAUUGAAGAAAGGAAUAUAUGCCAUACGAACUUUAUUUUACUGAGACAAAGAAGAAAAGAAGUCUCUUCCUAUCAACUUCUGCUUCUCAUUGGCCUUAGGAACGAUCAAAAUAUUCAAUUUUGAUGGAAUGGAAGGUUUGUUAGAAUUGGUUGAGAGACCUCUUCUUCUCCAGGAGCUGAGAACUGGGUUUUGCACUAAUUUGAUGCGUCUACUUCUGCCGGCCCAUGCAGCCAAUGCCUCUACAACAAACUAACAAUCAAGGGUCUAGGUUCAUGAUUCUUAUGAUCGUUCCAUUCAGAGGAAAGAUGCAUGUGAGGGAGCAUUGGUGAAUGGUCCAAUGUUUUCCUGAAUCCAAGAAUGACUGGUCUUGAGAAGGUGCAUGUCGUCCCUAAUUGAAGCGUCAGGGCAUGAACUUACUGAUGAUGGAGAUCUCUUCUAGCAUCUGGUUGUAGAAGUAAAAUCCAAUAUAUAUUUAUAUAUAUAUCCGAGCAAAAUGUUCCCACCCUGCAAUUCUAUGAUUUUAUCGGAGUUCAUGAAUAAAACUGGUCAUCUUGAUUCCUCUCUAAAGGACUUUUGCAAAAAGUAUCGAGUGAUAUUGAAGCCCUGAUAAUGCUAGAAUUCUUUUUGAAGAUUUUAUUAUUGUUGUAAUGUAACUCUUUAGUUCCAUAUGGAGAAGAAACUUAUGUAGGAAUGUUAUUUCCCAAGCGGGGGUUUCCAUCUGGAUUUCCACGUAGAAAGAUUUCAUUGUGUGGCCGAAGGCUGACGUUUAUAGGAGAUUCAGUGUGACCUGGAAGUUUGGAAAUUCCUCUUUUUUUUUUCUUCUUUAUGGAACACUGAGUCUUCAUUAACAAAUUUCAAGAAAUUCAAGUCCGAUAA